AUGGCGGAGGAGAGGAAGAUGGCAGAAAAAUGUGUUAGAAUUGAGAAACCAAAUAUCCGUGUUUUCAGAAGAAUGUUGAAAUUGCCAGUGAAGAUCUUGUGUAGGGAUAGCAGCCUGGUGAGGGAACAUUUGCUGGAUUACAAAGAUGGAUUUAGUGGGCCAAAUUCUUUCCUCUCUUAUGCCAAUGGUGUAUCACCUGAGUUUGCACCUGUGUUAGAGAAUUUCAGAAGACAGCAGCAAUGUAAAAAGUGCGUGUUCAGUAACUUUGUCUUGUGUUUUUUUUCUCUUUCUUUUUCCUCCUCCUGUAUUUUAGCAUAUGUUCCUGAGGAGGAAUUGAAAGCAGCAGAAAUAGAUGAAGACAGCGUGGAAGAUGAUGGGCUGUCUCUGGACAUCCAGGAGAAUGAGUAUUUGUGCAAUGAAGAAACGGAGAUCAAAGAGGCUCAAAGCUACCAGAACUCCCCAGUCAGCACUGCAACUAAUCAGGAUGCAGGCUAUGGUUCGCCGUUUAGUGAAAACAGCGAUCAGCUGGCCCAUUUCAAAAGCACUUCCUCUAAAGAAGAGAAAGAAGAUCCUCAGUGCACAGACAAUGUUUCCUAUCCACAGGACAGCUUGGCACAAAUAAAAGCUGUGUAUGCAAAUUUGCUUUCAGAGACUUGCUGGUCCAGUUUAGCUUUGGACUUAAAGAAAUCCAAUCCAACCACCAGCAACAAUGGAAUCAGCCAGAACGAAAACACCACCAAUACUGACACCACCGUCAGUUCCCAGAGUACUGGUACUACCUGUACCAACACUAAUACCAGUACAACUACCAGUAAUACUAGCAACAGCAGUAGUAACAGUAACAGCGGUGGCUCAGGUUAUGACUGGCAUCAAGCUGCGUUAGCUAAAACAUUGCAGCAGACCUCAUCAUAUGGACUUCUCCCAGAGCCUAGCCUUUUCAGCACAGUACAACUUUACCGGCAGAAUAAUAAACUUUAUGGGUCCGUGUUCACCGGUGCUAGUAAGUUCCGAUGCAAAGACUGCAGUGCAGCCUAUGACACACUGGUGGAGCUAACAGUGCACAUGAAUGAAACUGGACAUUAUCGUGAUGACAACAGAGAUAAAGAAGCUGAUAAGACCAAGCGGUGGUCAAAGCCAAGAAAACGGUCACUUAUGGAAAUGGAAGGCAAAGAGGAUGCUCAAAAAGUGCUGAAGUGCAUGUACUGUGGGCAUUCAUUUGAGUCCCUGCAAGACCUCAGUGUCCAUAUGAUAAAAACAAAGCAUUACCAGAAAGUGCCUCUGAAGGAGCCAGUACCCGCCAUCACUAAAUUGGUCCCUUCUACCAAAAAGCGAGCACUUCAGGACUUAACUUCACCUUGCUCACCUGAGCCAACAGGGAUCGCGGCAGAAGCUUCACUAGCUGAGUCUGCAAAGGAUCAGAAAACUGCCAACCCCUACGUGACUCCAAACAAUCGCUAUGGCUAUCAAAAUGGUGCUAGCUACACUUGGCAGUUUGAGGCACGCAAAGCCCAGAUACUGAAAUGCAUGGAAUGUGGCAGUUCCCAUGACACUUUGCAGCAGCUCACUGCUCACAUGAUGGUUACUGGUCAUUUUUUGAAGGUGACCAAUUCUGCUUCCAAAAAAGGUAAACAGCUAGUACUGGACCCUGUGGUGGAAGAGAAGAUACAAUCUAUACCUCUUCCACCUACCACCCACACAAGGCUUCCAGCCUCCAGCAUUAAAAAGCAGCCCGAUUCCCCGGUGGGCUCCACAAACUCGGAGGAAAAGAAAGACCCAGAGAAGGAAAAAGUGGUGGUUGGUGAAACAGAGAAAAAGAUUAAAGAAGAGAAUGAGGACUCUACAGAGAAAUUUGAGCCAACAGCUUUGUAUCAGUACCUCAGAGAGGAGGAUCUAGAUGAUAGUCCUAAAGGUGGAAUAGACAUAUUAAAAUCGCUUGAGAACACGGUGACAACAGCUAUCAGCAAAGCUCAGAAUGGCGCACCUUCCUGGGGGGGAUAUCCCAGUAUUCAUGCAGCCUACCAACUCCCAGGCACAGUCAAACCCCUUCAGACCACUGUGCAGAGUGUUCAGAUGCAGCCGUCUUAUGCCAGCAGCGUAAAAUCACUGUCUUCGGAACACAAUGCGCUCAUGCAUUCCCCAGGCAAUCUCACACCCCCACCUCACAAGAGUAAUGUAUCCGCUAUGGAAGAGUUGGUCGAGAAAGUUACAGGUAAAAUCAACGUGAAGAAGGAAGAAAAACCUUUGGAGAAAGAGAAGAGUUCUCCAGUCAAACCCCUGUCACCUGUUGCUAAAGAAAACAAAGACUUUCCCAAAUCUGAAGAAAUAAAUAACAAACAGCAGCAGAAGAAGAUCUCUGAGACAGAAGUUCAGAAGGUAAAAAAGGAUAGUCCAGCUGAAGCACAUACUCCAAAUGGUACAGAGCCACUUAAAACAAAGGUUGCAAAUGGCUGUAACAAUUUAGGAAUCAUCACAGAUCAUUCACCUGAGCCAUCCUUCAUUAAUCCAUUGAGUGCUUUACAGUCCAUUAUGAAUACACACUUAGGCAAAAUUUCUAAGCCGGUAAGCCCCUCUCUGGACCCUUUGGCCAUGCUGUACAAAAUUAGUAACAGCAUGUUGGACAAACCCAUUUACCCAACCACUCCGGUCAAGCAGGCUGAUGCUAUCGACCGAUAUUACUAUGAGAACAGCGAUCAGCCUAUUGAUUUAACUAAGUCCAAAAACAAACCUCUUGUUUCCAGUGUUGCUGACUCUGCCUCGUCUCCACUAAGAGAGAGUGCCCUGUUGGAUAUUUCCGAUAUGGUGAAGAACCUCACAGGGCGUUUGACGCCCAAAUCUUCAACUCCAUCCACCGUGUCAGAGAAGUCAGAUGCCGAUGGGAGCAGCUUUGAGGAAGCUCUGGAUGAACUGUCGCCAAUACACAAGAGGAAGGGCAGGCAGUCCAACUGGAAUCCUCAACAUCUUUUGAUCCUUCAAGCCCAGUUUGCUUCCAGCUUGAGGGAGACCUCAGAAGGCAAAUACAUUAUGUCGGACCUCGGUCCACAAGAGCGGGUACACAUCUCUAAGUUUACUGGUCUUUCCAUGACCACAAUUAGCCACUGGCUGGCCAAUGUGAAGUAUCAGUUAAGAAGGACAGGUGGAACUAAAUUUUUAAAGAAUCUGGACACAGGACAUCCUGUUUUCUUUUGCAAUGAUUGUGCCUCUCAGUUCAGGACUGCUUCUACAUACAUAAGUCACUUAGAGACACAUCUAGGGUUUAGUUUGAAGGAUCUGUCAAAGUUGCCACUUAAUCAGAUUCAAGAACAGCAGAAUGUUUCAAAAGUCCUCACAAACAAGACUUUGGGCUCACUUGGAAUAGCUGAGGAGGACUUAGGCUCCACAUUCCAGUGUAAGCUCUGUAACCGAACUUUUGCAAGCAAGCAUGCAGUCAAACUGCACCUUAGUAAAACACAUGGCAAAUCCCCAGAGGACCAUCUGAUCUAUGUAACUGAGUUAGAAAAACAAUAGUGUCCAGGUAAGCAGCCAGGUAUGCAAGUGACCACAGGAACAUUGCACUAAACUUCUUCAUAGUACUGCACUAGGCCUGACCUGAGCCUCUGAAAUCAGUCUUAUUUUUGUUGCUGAACUGC